CCGACCGAGCGCCCCCGGUACGGGCGCCCGCGCCCGCUGCCGCAGCGAUCCCGCCAGCCACGCGCCAAGAGGCCCAGGCGGCGAUGCCGCGCCGCCGCCCGCGGGAGCCCGACAGCUACGCCUCUGCGGCCUCCAGCAGCGGCAGCACCGGCUCCGCGCCUCGCGCGCCGCCGCCGGGGAUCGACGUGGCCGCGGGCCGCGCGGGGGGUGCCUGGUCGAGGCGGGAGCCGCGGGCGCGGGGGGCCGCCGCGCCCCUCGCGGGCGGGGCGCGCGGGGAGGCGGACGAGGAUCGGAAGGGCAGUGGCAGCCGGCCCUCUUCCACAAGACCAAGAUGUGCAAGUUCAACAUGGCCGGCAUGUGCUCGCGCGGGGAGCACUGCCGCUUUGCGCACAGCGGGGUCGACAUGAACCCGCUGCCCGACCUCUCCCGGACGAAGCUGUGCAAGGAGUUCAUGAGCACGGGGCAGUGCAGCGCGCCAGAUUGCAGAUUUGCCCACACCAGGCACGAGCUCCGGAGGCCCCCGUUCACGCCAUCGAGCAGAAAGGUUCAGCCGGGUGCACAUCUGGAGGCCAACCAGCCGCACCCCGGCGCGACGUUGCUGGAUGCAGCCUUGAGGCAAGAUGUCGCACAGCGGCAUGCAAACGCGAACCUCCUGUGCUCGGACUUGGCCAAGUUUCUCAGCGAGGCGAGCCAGACGGGGAAGGAUGGCCUCGGCGAGGGCGAGCAGGACGUGGUCGACACCUGGAUGCAGGGCUUCGCCCCCCCAGAGCUCGACGGCACCCCCGGCGGCCUCGGCGAGAGAGGCAUGGCUGGCGCCUGGUGGCAGAACCACUACGACCUCCUCGACACGAUGUACCUGCCCCCGCCGGACCUUCUGGUACCUCCGGGUGGGCAUGGACAGCGCCGCCGAGAUGGAGCAGCUCGCGGCCUCGGCCGUCUGGGGCCAGGACGGCUACUACGAGACCCUGCUCGACGAGUGCGCGGGCGCCCCGCCUCGCUGGGCGGCGGAGGCCGCGGCUCCCAAGAGGCUGCAGCCGAAGCUCCUCUCGCCCAUGUACGCCCCGUCGUCGUCCCUGGGCGCCCCGCCCCCCCUCGCCCUGGCGUGAGCGGCGGGCGCCCUCCGAGGCGAGCGACGCUGCGGCCGAAGAGCUCCCCUC